AUGCACAGAAGAACCCUUUACAGCUUGAGUCUGACUGUUUCUCUUCUCAGAAGAAACAUCAGGGUUAACCAACGCUUAGUCGUUGUAUCUACUGCCAGUUACUCAACCAAGACGGUUGCAUUCACAGCUGACACCUAUUCCCACAAGGUUCAACGUGAUCCUAAAUUCAAAAAGUUGGAUGAUGCCGAUAUUGAAUUUUUCAAAGGGGUACUCACUGACAAGGGACUCAUCACCGAUGCCGAUGACUUGUUGUUCUACAAUGAAGACUGGAUGAGAAAGUACCGUGGUCAAUCUCAAUUAGUGUUGAAACCAAAAACCACUGAACAAGUGUCACAAAUCUUGAAAUACUGUAACGAGCAGAAAUUAGCCGUGGUUCCUCAAGGUGGUAACACUGGUCUUGUCGGUGGUUCCAACCCCAUCUUUGAUGAAAUCAUCAUCUCAUUGUCGAGCAUGAACAAGAUCAGAUCUUUCGACAGUGUCAGUGGUAUCUUAAAGCUUGACGCUGGUGUCAUUUUGGAGACUGCUGAUCAAUACUUGGCUGAACAAGGAUACAUCUUCCCUCUUGACUUGGGUGCCAAGGGUUCUUGUCAUGUCGGUGGUAAUGUCGCCUGUAACGCUGGUGGAUUAAGGUUAUUACGUUACGGAUCCUUACAUGGCUCCGUAUUGGGUUUAGAAGCGGUGUUACCAGACGGUAGUAUCUACGACUCAAUGCAUUCUUUACGUAAGGAUAACACUGGGUAUGACUUGAAACAAUUGUUUAUCGGAUCUGAAGGUACUUUGGGUAUAAUCACUGGUAUUUCCAUCUUGUGUCCUUCAAGACCACAAACUCAAAAUGUUGCCUUUUUAGCUGUGUCAAGUUAUGAAGCUGUGCAAAAAGUGUUUGUGGAAGCCCGUAAGGAAUUAUCAGAAAUCUUGUCUGCGUUUGAGUUCAUGGAUGGCACUUCUUUAUACCUCACUGGAAAGCACUUGAAAUUAGACAAUCCAAUAGAAAGUGGAGAAUACCCAUUCUACAUCUUGAUUGAAACAUCAGGGUCCAACAAGGAGCACGAUGACGAAAAGUUGGAAAACUUUUUAGCUGGUGCCAUGGAAGCUGAGUUGGUCGAUGAUGGGAUCAUUGCUCAGGAUGAAAGUCAAAUCCAAUCUCUUUGGUCUUGGAGAGAAUCCAUUCCUGAAGGUGUUACCGCUACUGGUGGUGUCUACAAAUAUGAUGUCUCUAUUCCAUUGCCAGAGCUUUACUCCUUGGUGGAAGCAUGCAAUGAAAGAUUACAAGAAGCUGGUAUUGUUAGUUUGGAAGAUGAAAGUAAACCAGUUGUUGCUGCUGUUGGAUAUGGCCACAUUGGUGACGGUAACUUGCAUUUAAAUGUUAGUGUUCGUAAAUAUUCUAGUGAGGUUGAAUCUCUCUUGGAGCCAUUUGUAUACGAAUGGAUUCAAAGUAGGAAGGGUUCUAUUUCUGCUGAACAUGGGUUAGGAUUCCAAAAGAAGAAUUACAUUGGAUAUUCCAAGAGUCCGGUUGAAAUCAACAUGAUUAAAGAGAUCAAGAAUCAUUAUGAUCCAAAUGGUAUCAUGAACCCUUACAAAUAUGUAUAG